AGCCAUGGAUCGCAAGGAUUAUAUGGCAGAGAAAGAAAAGUGCAAAAGGUUCCUGCAGGAGUUUUACACAGAGGAUGACAAUGGCAAGGUGUUCAAAUAUGGAACACAACUUGUUGCAUUGGCCCACCGGGAAAAGGUGUCCCUCUUUGUUGAGCUGGAUGAUGUGGCUGAAGAAGACCCCGAGCUGGUGGAGAGCAUCUGUGAAAAUGCCAAACGCUACGUAUCCCUGUUCGCUGAUGCCGUACAUGAGCUGCUGCCAGAAUACAGAGAAAGAGAUAUUGUAGCCAAAGAUUCUCUGGACGUGUACAUUGAGCACAGGCUGAUGAUGGAACAAAGAGGCCGUGAUCCUGCUGAUACCAGAGACGCCCAUAACCAUUACCCACCUGAGCUCAUGAGGAGAUUUGAGCUCUACUUUAAACCUCCCAGCACCUCGAAGCCCAAAGUGGUUCGUGAUAUUCGGGCUGAAAGCAUCGGCCAGCUGGUCACAGUUCGAGGCAUUGUGACUCGUGCCACUGAGGUCAAACCAAUGAUGGCUGUGGCUACGUACACGUGUGACCAAUGUGGCGCUGAAACCUACCAACCAAUCCAGUCUCCCACCUUCAUGCCUCUCGUCAUGUGUCCCAGCCAAGAGUGCGUCACCAACAAAUCCGGAGGGCGGCUCUAUCUGCAAACCAGAGGCUCUAAAUUUGUGAAAUUCCAGGAGCUGCGUAUUCAGGAACAUAGUGACCAGGUGCCUGUUGGCAAUAUCCCAAGGAGCAUGACGGUGUACGCCCGCGGUGAAAACACACGCCUUGCCCAGCCAGGAGACCAUGUAGCCAUCACAGGAAUCUUCCUCCCUCUGCUGCGCUCGGGCUACAGUCAGGCCAUUCAGGGCCUUUUGUCAGAAACCUACCUAGAUGCUCAUAGCAUCACGCUAAUGAAUAAAACGGAAGACGAUGAGCUUGGCAACGAGGAGCUGACUGAUGAGGAGCUGCGCAGCAUCACAGAGGAAGGGUUUUAUGAGAAACUAGCUGGAUCGAUCGCACCAGAAAUCUACGGGCACGAGGACGUCAAGAAGGCCCUGCUGCUGUUGCUGGUUGGGGGGGUGGAACAGGCUCCAAAAGGCAUGAAGAUCCGAGGUAAUAUAAAUGUCUGCUUGAUGGGAGACCCAGGAGUUGCCAAGUCCCAGCUGUUGUCUUACAUCGACCGUCUGGCUCCUCGAAGUCAGUACACAACGGGUCGGGGCUCUUCAGGGGUCGGUUUGACUGCAGCUGUGAUGCGUGACCCUCUGACUGGUGAGAUGACUUUGGAAGGAGGCGCCUUGGUGCUGGCUGACCUGGGCGUCUGUUGUAUCGACGAGUUUGAUAAAAUGGCUGACGCUGACCGAACAGCCAUCCACGAGGUGAUGGAACAGCAAACCAUCUCCAUCGCUAAGGCUGGAAUCAUGACCUCCCUCAACGCCCGUUGUUCCAUUCUCGCUGCAGCCAACCCGGCCUACGGCCGCUACAAUCCCCGGAAGAGCAUCGAGCAGAACAUUCAGCUGCCAGCCGCUCUCCUCUCCCGUUUCGAUGUGCUCUGGCUCAUCCAGGACAAACCAGAUGCUGACGCUGACCUGCGCCUCGCUCAGCACAUCACCUAUGUUCACCAGCACUCCCGUCAGCCGCCCACUCACUUCACCCCCAUCGACAUGAAACUGAUGAGGCGUUUCAUAGCUCUGUGUAAAAAGCGUCAGCCUGUUGUGCCGGAGUCCCUGGCGGAUUACAUCACUGCUGCAUAUGUCGAAAUGAGAAAAGAGGCUCGAGUCAGCAAAGACACCACCUUCACCUCGGCCCGUACCCUCCUGUCCAUCCUGCGCCUCUCAACCGCCCUGGCUCGACUCCGCAUGAUGGACACGGUGGAUAAGGAGGACGUCAACGAGGCUAUGAGACUGAUGGAGAUGUCAAAGGAUUCUCUGCAAGCUGACAAGUCCAGCACCACCAGGACGCAGCGUCCAGCCGACGUCGUCUUCUCUCUGGUGCGUGAGCUCGCCACAGAAGGCUCGGCGGGCCGCGGCGGGGCCGGCGGCGUGGUUCGCAUGGCCGAAGCUGAGCAGCGCUGCGUCUCUCGUGGCUUCACGCCCGCUCAGUUCCAGGAGGCGCUGGAGGAGUACGAGGAGCUGAACGUGUGGCAGGUCAACCAGGCCCGCAGCCGGAUCACCUUCGUCUGAACGCGUCCUUCACACAGUGCUGCGUUUCAGCCGCCUGUGGGUGAUUUCCAGGCUUGUGUUGGGGCUCUUUGUGCUUCUGCAUUUUGUAACACAAGUCGGGCAGAGCAUGGACUUCCUUUUAAUGCCUGAACAUUAUGAAAAAAAUAGUUUCCCUGGAGAUUUAUUGCUUUUAAUGUUGAAGAUUCCUGAUAACUAUUAAACUGCUUGUAAAUAUGUAUCAGUACAUGCUAUAGUGUAGUAUUAUCUGCAUUUUGUUGCCUUAAGCCUCCAGUUAAUGUUCAGCAUUUUGUACAUUUUGUAUUUGUAAUGUAAGUCAGGCAAAAGAAG